CCCUGGGAAAUAGCAGAAGCAGCAGCAGCAACAGCUAGGCAGCAAAGGAAGCACUAGCUAGCAGCUAAGGAAACUCCCCCACCCUUCAGGUUUUGAAGUUGUGUAGAUCCGUUUUUUUUUGUAUGUGCUUAGAGAUGGUGAAAUGUUAGAGAAAAUGUGAAUCAAUUGCAACUGUUGCCCGUUUGGAAAUGCUCAUUGCUUCAACAGCUGUAGUUAGCAGUGGGUGAACGGCAGUAGGCCAGGUUGUGUGUUCAGCCCUAUCAGUGUUUGCUUGGAUCGAAUAAAAUUUCGGUGGAGGCGAGUGGUUGAUUUUGGUAUACAUUAAGAAUUCUACAGCAGACAAAAAAGCGAAAGGAUUGAUUUGAGUAACAAAGUUGAAGGCUUCUGGUUAAAUUGCGUUUUGAAGAGGACACUGAGACGACGAAAAUUGUUUUUGCAAGUGCUCUCGCUUUAAGGUAAAUACGGAGGAAUUUGUGAAAUUAAACGUGUAAAAAGCAUUCUUUAUGGUAACUAAUUCAUAUUAUCAUUAUUGCCAAAAAAUAAUCAGAAAUGUGAAAUGAGUAACAGUCGAAAAAAGUUAAUUGCAAGCAGCAAUUAAAAUCUGCGGUCAAGUAGAAAUCCAAUAUUACAUUUCCUAUAAUUGUAUCGUAUGUGAAAGAAAACCUAAUGGACAAAGUUCAAACUCCCAUUGAGUGGAAAGUGGCCGAGAGUGAAAGCUUUUCGCUGUUGUACAUAGUGGCCUGCCGCAUAUAAAUGUGUUAAUGAACGGGAAUUCCAACACGUCGUCGCUAGUCCCGAGAAUCCCACAGCCUGCCUAGACAGAUGUGUUUGAUGGUGUCGUCCCCUCUCGUAGCCUACUACGCGUAGACAAGCACAUAUGUGGGAACGGCGAUCGUAGCUAUCCGAGAGCAGCUUUAUGUACAAUCUGUUGAAUGUUUUUUCCCGACCGCACUCACCGCAACCAACCGGGGCACUAGAAGUGGCAGCUCCCAUUUCCAUCCACGGCCACGGACAGCAGCGUGAAUCAAAAGUGAGAGAAGAUAUUCGUCGUGCGUGAGUGCUUUCUUGCACAUGUAAAAUAGAGGGGUGUGAAAUUCUUCGAAUUUUUCGGUGAAUAUAGUGAAGAAGUGUUGUAGAAAAAGGAUCCCGAUAGGAGGACACCAUACGAUACAGUGACCUAUCCGCACAGAGUACACCAACUGAAUUUGGUGUAACCGAUGGUGAAAUCGAAGGAAGAUUCAAGAACGGGUGCAUAGUUCUCAAUCCUCAAGAGGAAAUCUCCCACAGUGAAUUAAGGAAAGGUCAUGAAUUGCGAUAAACAAGUGGCGCACUCUACCGGUUGAACACUGCCAGUAGAAGAGACCCGUUUGGAAAGGAACGAAAUGCAGAGUCACGUAUUUCCGGCUCAUCAUUGUGGUCGGGGUGAUCGAAUUCCAACUGCCAACGACAACGCUGGUUGGAUCGAAUGAUAUCGUAGAAAGCUCUCGCGUGUGUGGUGGGUGAAUCCUAUCGUGAACAAGUCUGGGCGUUGAACAGUGAAAAUAAUCAAAACGAAUCAAAAAUCCGUUAUAAUCACGAUUAUAAAGUAGGAACGUGUCAUUGUAGUCAUCGUAGUUGCAAUUUGUAGUUGAUUCAAACAGCUCAGCAAUCACAUAGGUCUCGUUGUGUAGAUUAGCAGUGUGUUGCAGUCUGUGAGUGCGUUCUUUCGUUUGUUGGUGUGUGCUUCUACUGAGAGAUUGUUGAACAGAAGAUAAAAAAGAACAUCCACCCCCUCCAACAGCACAAUGAGCUUCUUCAGUUCUCUUCAGCAGUACGUGACAAGUGGCGUAGCCGGCCUGGGACUGAAUCCCCGCCGGUUCUCGUUGUCGCGGCAGGAGUCCACCGAGGCCACCACACCGGCAGCCAGCCCCAGUCCGAUGAUGAGCUCCGGUGGAUCGAUCGGCGGCAGCAUCGGUGGCUAUGGCCCGAUGGGAGGAGCUGGCUCUGCUGGGGUCGGCAUGGGAGCCGGAGCCACAGGAGGAGCUGCACUCGGCUACCCGAAAGUGGUAACACCGUCCGGACCUGCAGGCUCAAUCGUCGGAGCGGCCAGUGGCACCGUUGGCGGUGCCGUCAGUGGAAUAGGCACAUGUGGAGCCGGAACGGGAAGCAGCACAAACCUAACAGUGGCCGGGGCUGCUGGAGCGAAUACCGGCGGCGUUGGGUCGGGUUCUGGAGGGGCCGGAGGCAGCGCUUCUCCGAUGCGUCGACAAUCGUCUGCUCGGGGCUUGGACUCGUUGGUCCCCCCGGGUCGUACCGGAUCGUUUCGGGGCCGCAACUCUCCGAAUCCAACCUCGCCAGAUAAGCCCUGCUUCUCGGUGUGGAAGCGACGACCGUCCUGGCCUGAGGUCGAAAUCAAAUCAUCGUCCGGUGUCCAGGAAAACGAUGGUUCCUACUUCGAAAGCUUCACUGCCCUGUCGUUGAAAAACGAAAAUCGACGAAUGUCGGCGGUCCGGGCGGUGGAGACCCGGGUUGAGAUGCUGCCGGAAAACGAUAACGACCGCCUGCUGGACGACGAUAUCGAACGGUCGGAACAGAAGGAGCAUCUUUAUCUGGACGUCCUUUACGCGAUUGCCAACACGGUGGGCGCUCCGGCACCAGGUGGACAGUACAGCGAAAAGAAGUGGCUGCAAUUUGCCCACUACAAGGAGGAGAUGUACCUGCAGGCCCAGCGGGUGUUCAACGUGUCCGCCGAUCGGCACUACCGAUUGCUGCAUGCGGCCACCGAGGAGAAGCCCAAGAUAAUCGUGCUCACCGUUGUGGUCCAGGAAGCGGACGGACUCGAAGCGAAGGAUGCUAACGGUUUCAGUGAUCCGUACUGUAUGCUGGGCAUACAACCCUCCGGGACACCUCCACCACCCUCUCCGCAGCCACCGAUGACCCCACGAACACUGUCCGACACCGGAAUGGACAGCCUGGACUCGCCAGAGCAUGGGAAACUGCGCAAACAUCACAGCUUCCGGUUGAGCUUCAAGCGCAAGGACGGCCGCCAACAGCGAGACUCGGUUGGCCCCGUCCCAGCCAAGUUCAUCCGAGCCACAUCCGUCAAACCGCACACGUUGAGUCCGAAAUGGCACGAAAAGUUCAAAUUUGACAUAGACGACAUCCACUCGGAUCUUCUACAUCUGGACAUUUGGGACCACGACGAUGAGAGUAGCGUGUUAGAUGCUGUUUCACGACUGAACGAAGUUAGGGGCGUUAGAGGAUUAGGUAGAUUUUUCAAACAAGUGUGCCAAUCGGCACGCCAGGGUUCGCAGGACGACUUCUUGGGUUGUGUCAAUAUUCCAGUCUGUGAUAUUCCUUCAACCGGUUUGGAGGGUUGGUUCAAACUGGAAGCACGAAGUAGUCGUAGCUCAGUGCAGGGUCGUAUUCGACUCAAGCUUUCACUUUCGACGCGAGAAGAUCGUGGCAACUCUGAAGAGGACAACACCCUGGAGGUGAAGAAGUUCGAACGACUGCAAACUAUUUUUAUGAUGCAUGAACUCAACGCUCACGAACCGGCUUGGAAAUGGAACGGAGAACUGGCAGGACCAUCACUCACCAUCCUUCAUCAGAUAGCAGUUCAGAGUGAUCUCUCCGACAUGCAAAUUUCACUAUCCAAAUUGGUAGCGAUCAUCCGGAUCAACCGCAAGAAACCACUCGACACCAAAUUCAUCCAUCGGCAGCUAAUUGAGGUAGACAAGCUAUGGGUGAACAACUACAGCAACGAACCACUGACCCGCGAACUGGAACAGUGGUUAGCCGACGCGCUCAACGGUUUCGUAGAACGAUCGCUCAGUCACAUGCGCCGUCAUCGGGAAGUGUUUCCCGCAAAACAUCAACCCUCACUCGUUCGGUUAGAGUUCCUGCUGCGAUGUCUCGGACUUUUGGGAUCUAUGCGAGCAUUUCGUCAGGUAAGCCCCUUCAGCAAAGGUGUUCGUGGGGAGAUCGUCGGGGCUCUCAGGAAAGGGUCAAUUACAUGGUCCCAGGCUCAACUACGGGAGGCCACACGUUCACCGAACCCUCUGGUGCACUAUACUACGAUAUUGGUUGCGGAUCUGCAGCUCGGACUGGCUUACUAUCACUCGUUGUUUGAUUCAACGAAUGGCAUACAAUACUUUAGCAUUGUGUAUAAACAAUUCGACUCCUUGCUGGGAGACGAAGUUAGCAACCGCAUCGAAUCCGGUCAGAUGCCGGGCUCUAUAGUUAACCAUUGGACCAUCCUCGAUAACGAUCGUGAACCUGAUACGGCACCAUUUGAAAUCUACUUUACCUUGCAAGAGUUCCAUAAUAUGAAAUCUCAUCUUUCGGUAACCCCUCAACCACCGGAAAAACCUCUUGGUCUGCAAAACUUCCAUGAAUGGUUUGAACCUGCCGUUCAGCGGUGGAUCUCCAUUAGCAAAACCAAAGCGAUCCAACGAAUUAAGGCUGCCGUUAACGUCGAUACACUUUGUGAAGGAGAACGGAUCGUACGACACAGUACAUCAGCGAUCGAUACGGCUUCGUGUUUCUAUCAGAUUAAGGAGUUCUGGAAAAACCUCGCCUGGCCGGAGCCAGCCUCGGGGGCGCACUAUGAAGCGCUGAUCAUUGACAUGGUCUGUACUACGGCGAAUGUUUAUUCCGAUCUCAUCCACCAGAAUUUGAGCGAGAGUGGCUAUUACGACAAAUCUGGACCUCAACGUACGGCCGAUGAUAUGUGUGUGAUCGUUAACAAUUUGGAAUACGUGAGAAGAGCUUUGUCUGAGUUUCAUCCAACAACACAUCACCUUUCGGAAGCAGCCGAAAACCUUUUAGAGAACACAAUUGCUCAAUUGGAAAACAAAGCGGACCGAGUACUUGGAAAACUAACGGCUUCGAUGCAAAGUCCGCUGCAGAAAGCUGUCUUCCACUUGGCUUGGUCACCCGACUCAUUGCCCGCGAAUCAAGCAGUAAUGCCCCUACUAGAAUAUCUGGAUUCUCAUCUGGCCACACUAAACGUAACGCUCCUUUCUCAAAACUUCUACCGAGCGAUGAGUCUGAUAUGGAACAGCGUUCUGGCGGAGUUUGCCAAGCAGAUGGACGCUGGCGGUGAAGGUGACAAGCCGAGCAAUUUCCACGAUCGCAUGUUCGGUGCACUGCAGCUACUCGGGGAGUUCUUCAACGCCGAAGGCCUGGGCCUGCCACCGGAGAUCCUGCACAGCGAUCUGUACUGGCGGGUGGCUCAACGGUUGCAGUACCACAAGACCGAUACGGAACAGUUGAUCGACCUGUUCUACAUGCAGAGACUGCAGGAACAGUUGAAUACGGUUGGGCCGCUUUCGCUGGGCAGUUUAUCGGUGAAGGCCUACUUCAAUCACGAUUCAUUGUGUGUGGAGGUGCUGCAUGCAAAGGACGUCAUUCCGCUGGAUCCGAACGGGUUCAGUGAUCCGUUCGUGAUUAUCGAAUUGCUCCCGCGGAGACUGUUUUCGCAUUGCUCGGAACAGCAAACCAAUGUGCACAAGAAAACGCUCAACCCCGUGUUCGACGAAUGCUUUGAGUUUUCGGUCACCCAAGAACAGUGCCAAGCGGAAGCCGCCAUGAUCAUCUUCACCGUGAUGGAUCACGAUGUGCUGACGGCGAACGAUUUCGCGGGCGAGGCGUUCCUCUCGCUGAACAACAUUCCCGGCGUGGCCCGAACAUUCAACAUGAACAUCGAGAACUUUGACUGUGUGGCGCAAAUCGAUUUACCCUUGCUGGAAAUGAAAGAUAAAAGUCAUCCGAUCUUACUGAUCUUGGAGGGACGCGUCAACGAUAAAAAUGCCAUGGAAUUCGUACGGAAACAAAAAGCUCGCGUAGUAGAUUAAGUCAAUCAAGUAGAAACUAUAGAAAUAGCACAAAACAUUUUGUCAAUCACAUAGCAUUUACACACUUUAUCCAUCACGAAACGAUAAGCAUAACCGACAAGAGUAAACCUGCAACCAAGGACCUUGCUUUCAUAGCCGAUCGGAAUUCAUAUCGAUCUAACCGGUACUAGAAGACAGCUAACUCUGCGUAAAAAUCAAAUAUCUGUAAAUCGAUCUCACGCAAGUAAAACAAUGCCUUUCACUUGAUAUAUUACCACCUAUGAACAUCAUAUGCUCCUGCUUGUCAAUAAAACAAAGCCGUCGGAAUUGUAGAAAGUCAAUCUAUCUCCGAAGACCACUUUAAGUCGUAGCUAUUCUCAACCGGAUAUGUGAACUACACCACUAUUACUCGUAGGAAAACAGUAACAUGAAUAUUUGUAUUCUACCAGUUUAUUUUCUAAAUAAAAUUGCAUAUUUUUAUAUGAAGCUGUUAAUUUGGAUGCCAUUUAUGCAUCAUCUACUGUUAAGUUUUAGCAACAAGUAAACUGAAACUAACUAUUUUUGUCUUGUACAUUCGAAUCUUUGUAUAAAACAUAAAUACCAGAACUUUAGAGAUGCUAUACAUAAGUUUAUACAAAACUAAAAUACAAAACCUAAAAAAGUAAUCUAAUCAACGGUCGAACUGAAUAAAGCUCUUUGAAUGAAACAAUAGAAGAAAAAGCUUAAACAUUGUGACAACUAUAUUUUUAGAUAACAAAUCUCUCUUUAGGGGACAACCGAAACAACACGAAACUAAACCAAACAACCAAAACGACAAAAAAUUAACUUUUAAGCUGUAAAUUUUCUCGAACAAACUGCAGAUAUUUUCUUAUGAAUGAAUAAAAUCUUAAACAAAACGCAAAAUCAAGGAAACGGGCGUUUCGCCUUUCCGCUUGUAUAUUACGGAUUUGUUGAAAAAAAAACACACACACAGAAAUUGGAAAUAGAAGACCAGUACUACAUACCAUCAUCAUAUACUAUAAACACACUGACGCGCACCGCUGUAAUUACUGAACCAUGCCAUUUAACUGUGUCACGCUUAUUCUAGGAUU